AUAUUUUGCCUUACAGUCUUCAUCUUCUCUCAUAUGCAUACCCAUUCCACCGCUUCACCGUUCUCUCUCAGUUUACCAUCCACCACCACCGGGGUUAGUUAAUCCAUUUGAUCAGGUGAUACGUUCUUUCUAAAACCCUCUUUGUCUCCCACCUUUUAGUCUUCCCACCGCCUCCAACCCCUUUCAUCGUCGCGCUGUACCCGUUGUUGCUUUCCUCAAUCUCUCCAAAGUUGGGGUUGAAGACGAUGGAAAAAUUUCCUGUUAAGAAGGAAGAUUAGAGAGUUUGGGAGUGAUGGUGGCGUUCAGGUUCUUCAAUACGCUGAUUGACAUCAAUUACAACAAAUUCCCCUCUGUUAACCAAACAAACGAACUCAACUAAUGUCACCACAUUUCCGAGGUCACAGAAAUUUUGGGACGCCAAGAUCGCUUCGAGAAUCGUUUAAUCGAUUUAUUGUUAACAUAAAUGCUUCUAUCCACUGUUCAUCUUGGUCCAGGUGAUGACUUCUAAGAUUAUGCUUCCGUUCUUCAUCUAUUUCUCUUUUCUUUUGCAUAUGCUGUAGGUGUAAGGAAUGAUUCAAAACCAUAGAAUGCGACUACAAAAAAUAAGAAGCCCCAAUUUUCAAAUCGCUUAGAUCAAUCUGUCAGAUUUGCAGCUCAUUGCAUUCUAGUACCCAAUUAGAAGUUGCUAGGUUGUGCAAGUUGUGAAUGUUAAUGGGGCUCAAGAAAACAAACGACAAAGUGAAUUAUAUUGGAUUUUCAUGGAAACUCAUCAGGCAAAAUACUAGAUAUCUGCUUAAGGUCAAUUAUCAGAGAGAUCUCUGCACUUCUGGAGCACUCUUACCAAUCGGAUUGAUACCAUUCUUGAGGUUCCCAGCAAAGGGAAGGGAGGAUUUCGAGCUAGGCAGUCUUGUGGGACUCAAAUCUUCCAUCAUUUGGUGCAGAGCUGCUGUGGGAGGUACUAGCGAGGAUCGCGGUGUACAGAUUUUUUGA